UGUACGCGCAACAUCCAGACGGAUAUUGUUCUCAUCCAGACGGAUAUUGUUCUCCGUGAGCAGCACCGGCGCGCCAGAAGCAGAGUCGGCGAGGGUUUAGGGGAAAGCCGCGGCAGCGAGCGACCUCCUCCGUGCUUGGAUUUCUCUGCCGGUCCUCCCCGUCGGGUCCUCCUCCGGUGACAAUGCAGGAACAGAACGUGCAGGACCUCUGGAGGGAGGGCAGGGAAAAUGACGAGGUGAAAUGGGAGAGAUUAAGACUGAGGAUUAAAGAAGAGGAGGAUGCGCUUCAUAGGCGUGGGCGGUUUGGAGCUAAUUUCUUCAAUUGGAGUGACCGCCGGUGUGCAGCGGACAGUGGAGAGGCAUGGGCAUCUCUGAACGAACCACUUACACCGCAGCAGCCACACAUUCCAUUGGACACAAACACCCCGGAAGUAGCGACAGUUGGGACUUCAAUGCCUGUGGCUCAGCUGGAGGUACACCCUGAAGGGACUCACUUUACGGCUUCAAGGUCUGAAAGGCCAACGGUUUAUGAUAUCCGGGCUCGUCCUGAUUUUUUUGAGAGUAUUUCUAAGAGCAAGGACUUCCGAAUGGUGAAAAUUGGUGUCCGUGUCCUUACAAGGCAGGGGCAGAAUUUCAACAAGAGGGUCUUAGCAUCAAUCAUCCAUGAAGUACUCACAGCUGUUGUUGCUGAGUACAAUGCUGGUCUGCUAUUAGCACACAGAGAGGCUCUGGGUAAUGAGAUUAAGAGGUUACUGAUAGACAGGGCAAUGAACAUGAAAAUUUCCCUCGAUGAUGUGUCCAUUACUACCCUUAGUUUACUUUCUGAAGAAGAGAAUUCUGAGAAAGCGGAGCAGGACAGCAGCAGCGGAAUUAUCAGGGCACAGCAGGGUGAUAACAACUGGGACAAGCUGCAAACAUACUUAACCCUUGCUUUAGUCGUCGGGUUGACAAUCUUGCUUUCAGUCCAGUCUCUAAUGCCUUCUGAAUAUCUAUGCUAUAUCAUUGGUGUAUUUGCCACAAUAUGGAUAUUCGGAACUAUUGCUCUUCUCUGUGGUUUGUUCGGAACUUACAGAUACGAGAAGAGCUUUAGCCGUCAUGUUGGACGCUUCACGUUCUUGUGUUUUUCAAUCUUUGUUCUAUAUGUCUUCUUCCUCAUUUCAAAACCAAUUGAACCGCCCACCUCUUCACUCAACCCUCCAUCACCGUCAGCACCCUCAGUAAUGACAAUCGACAGCCGUGCACUAUUUUUCCUUGCACUUGGACUUAUAGUGCUGGCUGGUCACAUCUAUUCUUGGGUCAUGGUUGUCGUACAGGCUCUGACAUAUAGGUGUUGGACUGACACCUGCAUCAAAUCUGACUGAUUGCACAAGGGGGUGAAUGGUGCUCUGAGUUGAUCUGGCCGGUUCUCCUUUACAAUGUGCUUAUUCAGGGGAAGCGUCACAUUUAUGCUGGGGAUAGGAUGUGGUGUCUAUGUAGCUGUAAAAUACGAUGAUGCAAGAACUUGCGUUUUUGGCACACUAACGAGGCAAUUCACGGACUGGUUGUUUCUCCGUGGUUUUUUCAUGUCACGAUUCCUGGGGAAAGUUUCGUGUAGCUGUAACAUGAUACUACAUAUAAUUCUGAUUCAGAGAGGGUAACCGUGAUGAGCAUACCAUCAACCAUGACCGUCUCAGUCUCCAAAACAUGUGUAAUCUUUUACAACGAUACUGCAGUUUGUAGGUUAUAUGCUGUAUAUAUGACGAGAGGUGAGAAUUAAGAUGGGUCGAUGUUGGUCUAAAUUUUUAGAGAGACGAGUGAGACAACUAAUAGAUGUCCAACCUUGACUGUUGGUAUAUACACAUUGAGCAAGUCACUCCUGUUUUGAGACAA